UUGGUGUUGAUAAAUUGUGAAUCUAAAAUUUCGCGAAACAAUUCCAAACGAGUGCACGCGUGUGAGAUGGCCUCUCAGGAGCAAUUGGAAUUAUCAGGCCUAAUAAAAUCAGUUCACCAACGCUUACGUGAGUCGGCCAAGCAGUCGGAUGCGGAAACGGCUUGGCAAGAGCACAUGCAAGAUGCAGAGAGGUUGAAAAACUAUGCGGAUGCGAUGUACAAACUGGCCACCUGCUAUUGGGAUCGUACGAUGGAAGUCUCGAGUAAACGGUCCAACUGCCGCAUCGAGUGGGUUGUAGCUUCAUGCCGCUCCUAUUUCCUACACCCAACUCCCCUGCUUUACCUGUUCCGCGAGAAGGAAGACAAAGUCAUGCAAGCCAUCGAUGCCUCGUUCCGUUACGAACACCGACCGUACCUGAUUGAAAAGAUCAAGCUUCUCGACGUUGGCAGCUGUUACAAUCCGUUUGCAGCGUUCGAGGAAUUUGAUGUGACUGCCAUCGAUAUUGCUCCGGCCCAACCAUCCGUGUGGUACUGUGAUUUCCUGGACGUUGCGGUGCGUUCCAUCGAUAGACCAUCUUUUUCGCCUGAGCAUCGGGCAGUCGAUGCCCUUCCCAAGCAGUACUAUGAUGCGAUCGUGUUUAGCUUACUGUUGGAGUACCUUCCAUCUCCCGAUCAACGUAUGCGCUGCUGCCGGAACGCCUACGAAAUGCUGCGUCCCGAAGGAAUUCUGCUCAUCAUAACACCCGACAGCCGGCAUCAGGGUGCCAACGCAAAGCUGAUGAAAAACUGGCGCUACACCUUGGCCGGAAUCGGAUUCACGCGGAUCAAAAUAGAAAAACUGGAGCACGUAACAUGCAUGGUGUUCCGCCGAUCACUCUUUCCGGAGGUCGGCCAGCGUUGGUGUGCAAUCAAUCGGGAGGCGUAUAUGAUGCCGGUGCUAAAUAUUCCCCAAGACUUCAACGAAUCACCUUCCAAAGAGGCUGCCCCCAGUGCUGAACAGCGCACGGAAGCCGAUGAUGUGGAUAUAAGAGACGCCUUUGCUGGACUUCCGUUUGAGGAUAGUUGAAUAAAAACCGAACAUUUUUCAACUUGCA